AUGAACAAUUCGCUGGGAGGUAACUUUACACAAAUCAAGAUUUUGCGGGACACCUUUGAAGCAGCGGUGGCCAAGAACGUGAUUGUGGUCGGUCUGUGCAUCUCCAUCAACUACAUCAACAGCACGCUGGUCCACACCUUCAUGAAGCAUGAGAUCUUCACAGGAAACCCUCGCUAUAUUCUCUUCAUCCACAUGGUGCUCAAUGACAUUAUUCAACUCACUAUCGCAGGUCUUCUGCAUAUUUUGAGCUACACUGUGUUUACAAUCAACGUCUCCUUCUGCUGCCUUUUAUUAAUGACUGUCAUUUUCACGACGCUCAACACGCCGCUGACCCUCGCAACGAUGGCAAUAGAGCGCUACAUUGCUAUCUGCAACCCUUUACGUCACUCUCAGAUUUGUAGCGUCCUCCCGGACAUGUUUGUACUUUUAGCCACACGGCCUGUAAUGUUCUUCCACAGCAACAUCUUCUGCUUUAGAGAUUAUCUGUUUAAUUACCCGUACAUGAUAGAUAAAAGAAAUUUGGUGUAUAUCAUAUAUCUUUCCUUUGUGUGGAUCACCAUUGCCUUUACUUAUUUAAAGAUCAUGUUUGUGGCAAAGGCUGUGAACUCGGACGCUCGAAAAGCUCAGAGUACCAUCAUACUACACGCAAUUCAGCUCUUGAUGUGCAUGCUGACAUUUGUGGGGCCCUUUAUCGACACGUUGCUUCCCUAUGUUUUUCCCAUGUAUGUUCUAGAGGUGAGAUUUGCCAGUUAUUUAGUUAUCCAGAUUAUUCCCAGGUUUAUCAGCCCUAUUGUGUAUGGAGUGAGAGAUCAAACAUUUUGUAGCUAUAUGAAAAGAUAUUUACUGUGCACAAUGUUUAAGGUGAGGAGUCGAAUCAAAAAUGUUCAAACCGAGAGGAAUUUGGAAAAAGUUCCCAAUAAAUUCAUGUAG